GCAUCAGAAGUUGAGAGACAACUCUCCAUGCAAGUCCAUGCCCUCAGAGAAGACUUUCGGGAGAAAAACUCAUCAACCAACCAGCACAUCAUCAGGCUUGAAAGUCUUCAGGCUGAGAUCAAGAUGCUGUCGGAUCGGAAACGGGAGCUGGAACAUCGUCUCAGGACCACCUUAGAGGAGAACGACCUGCUCCAGGGGACUGUGGAGGAGCUCCAGGACCGGGUGCUGAUCCUGGAGAGGCAAGGCCAUGACAAAGACCUACAGCUGCAUCAGAGCCAGCUGGAGCUCCAGGAGGCGCGGCUCUCCUCCCGACAGCUGCAGGUGAAGGUGGAAGAGCUCACGGAGGAGAGGAGCCUGCACAGUUCCGCCGCCACCAGCACGUCUCUCCUGUCCGAGAUAGAGCAGAGCAUGGAGGCUGAGGAGCUGGAGCAAGAGAGAGAGCAGCUGAGACUGCAGCUCUGGGAGGCCUACUGCCAGGUUCGCUACCUCUGCUCGCACCUCCGAGGGAACGACAGUGCCGACUCGGCCGUCUCCACGGACUCCUCAAUGGACGAGUCUUCAGAAACUUCAUCCGCCAAGGAUGUGCCGGCUGGCAGCUUGCGCACGGCCCUGAGCGAGCUCAAGAGGCUGAUACAGAGCAUUGUGGAUGGCAUGGAGCCCACGAGCUCCCGGAGAAUUGACGAUGACUCCUUAGAAGAACAGAUAAGGCAGACCAGUGAGGACUCGAGAGCCCUAAGGGAACUCAUGGAGGGAGAGAGGGGUAAACUGAGGCAAAGCCUAGAGGAGCUACAGCAACUCCACAGUCAGGUGACGUUGCUGAGUGUCGAGAUGACUGCCCUGAAGGAGGAGAGAGACCGACUCAGAGUGACGUCCGAGGCCAAGGAGCCAAAGGAGCAGCUUCAGAAGGCCGUCCGGGACCGCGACGAGGCUAUUGCAAAGAAGAAUGCUGUGGAGUUGGAACUCGCCAAGUGCAAGAUGGACAUGAUGUCUCUGAACAGCCAGUUGCUGGAUGCCAUUCAGCAGAAACUGAACCUCUCGCAGCAGCUUGAGGCUUGGCAGGAUGACAUGCACAGGGUCAUUGACCGGCAGCUGAUGGACACGCACCUGAAGGAACGGAGCCGGCCUGCUGCCGCCCUGUCCAGGGCCCACGGUGCGGGGCGUGCGGAUGAGCCCGGCCCCGCCGAAGGCAAGCGGCUCUUCUCAUUCUUCAGGAAAAUUUAGGUCAGGAGGAGUCAGGCCAGCAAGGAUGGGUGGACUAGAGGUGACUGAAACGGGGUGCGUGCGAGGGCCCAGGACACCAUGCUUGUACACGAGGGCUCCCCUGGGCCAGCUCCGCGGCUGCACUGCCCACCCACGCUGGGGCCGAGUCUCCAGAAGGGCCCACGCGGCCUGUGAUGGCGGCCCUCGACAGAGGGACAGGCAGGAGCCCUGUCCCCACUACCAGGCCGCAGCCGGCCUGGGCUUCCCCCGGAUCCGCUGUUGAGCAGGGCUCAGGCUGCCUCCAGAGCAGCCCCUGGGGCUCUGCGGCGCAGACGCAGGGGGUCACAGCCCACCCCGCCCACCCCUCAGUGGCUCCCGCGUCCCACCCCAGGCUCCGCUGCCCUCCUGUUUGGGAAUACAGGGAACAGAAAGAAUGGAGGCCCUCGCGGCCCCAAGCAAGCCUCAGCUGCGGGGGGGCGGGGG